AUGACAAGGCCAAAGCAAAUGAUCUUCCUCUCUGGAAACGGCUCGAUGAGGCGGUCUUGCAAUGGAUUUAUGCCAUGGUCUCAUCCAACAUCCUCACCUCCAUUCCUAGAUGACUCGGCUGAACAUGCUUGGCAAAGUGUUGUAGAUCUUUUUCAUGAUAAUAAAAACUCAAGGGCCUUGUUUCUUAAUAAGGAAUUCACCAACACAAGUCUUGCUGAUUUUUCGACAACAAAUGCGUAUUGCAAUCUUCUCAAAAGUCUUGCCGAUCAACUAGCCAAUGUCAGGGCUCUCGUCAAUGAUCAAGGUAUGGUUUUAAAAAUUCUAGAAGGUUUGACAGAACAAUAUUCUAAUUUUUUCACUGUGAUGCAAAACAAGAAAACCCUCCCUAGUAAUCAUACUAAUAAUCGGAAUAACAAUAAUAACCGUGGAAACAAGGGUAAAAAUAAACAAACUCCCAAUAAACAUUCCAGCAGAGGUGGUCGGAACUCCGGCGAGGGUGGGCGAACCUCAGGCAAGGACGACGACAGUGGUUCUGGUGGCGGGCAGACCUCUGGCAGUGGGCGUCGACAUCAGAUGGAGUGCCAGCCACAUCCUUGGAUGCAACAGUGGGCUCCUUGGGUUGUUCCUCCAUGCCCAUACCCUUCCUACAAUUGGGUCAGACAUAAAGAAAAAUCUUAUGGUUCUUUUGAGAGGCAUAAAUCCCACCUUGUAGGUGAUGGUGCAAGUCAACAAGUUGGUGUGGAUUGUGGAGAGACUUUUAGCCCGAUAGUCAAACCAGCAACCAUACAAACUGUGCUCAGUCUUGCUCUCUCUAAAGCUUGGCCCAUUCAUCAGUUGGAUGUCAAGAAUGAUUUCUUACAUGGUGAGCUAAAAGAAACAGUGUACAUGUAUCAACCAUUGGGGUUUAAGGAUCCAGAUCAUCCUAAUAGUGUAUGUCUUCUGCGGAAAUCGUUAUACGGGCUCAAGCAAGCUCCUAGUGCCUAG